AUGGUUGUCCACAAUCUCGCAGAGUACGUAGCAUAUCACCAAGCCAAGCUACGCAAGGAGCAAGCUGCGGCAGCUGGCCGUCCCUCUCCUGCAAGAAAAUCCGGUGUUAAUGAAAUCCAUAGCAAAUCCUCCUUCGACACCUCGAUCGGAUCCUCGGACAAGCUUAUCGUCCUCGAUUGUUUCGCCACCUGGUGCGGGCCCUGCAAAGUCAUUGCCCCCGAAGUUGCCCGCCUCAGCGAGGAGUACAAAGACCAGGCCGAGUUCUACAAGGUCGACGUCGACCAAGUGCCCGACCUCGCUCAGGAGUUGAGCGUCCGCGCCAUGCCUACCUUCAUGCUCUUCAAGAACGGCGAGAAGGUCGCUGAGGUCGUCGGUGCCGACAAGAAUGCUCUCAGAAAACGUAUCACGGAGAACUUGUAG